UCAAAUGUGGAUAGAAAUUUGAUAGCAAUAUCUAAAUGUAUGGCUCCAGCAAGCUCCGUUUGCUGCUAGGCAAUGGCAAUGCUACGCUCCGAAGAUUAAAAACCGGCGCCGCCUUCUCCGCCGCCGCCUCCAUGGAAGUCGAAGUUAAGCUUCGUUUACCCGACUCUGCUUCUCACCAGCGCCUCUCCACCGUUCUCUCUCCCUACCAUCUCAAAACCCAUGCUCAGGAAAACGUCUUCUUCGACGGAGCCAGCGCCGAGCUCUCCUCCAACCUCGCCGUGCUUCGCCUCCGCUUCUACGACCUCGAUUCCAGAUGCGUCAUCUCCCUCAAGGGAAAACCACUCAUCUCCAACGGAAUUAGCCGCAUAGAGGAGGACGAAGAGCAACUCGACCCCAACAUCGGUCGCGCCUGCGCGGCGGAGCCAUGGCGGCUACUGCUAAUUGACGAUUGUAAGAUCGUACAGAGAGUGAAAUCGGAGUACGCAAUUGGGGAAAAGGGUUUGGUCUGCUUGGGCGGAUUUAGGAAUUUGAGAGGAGUGUAUGAGUGGAACGGAUUGAAAUUGGAGGUCGACGAAACGCAUUACGAGUUCGGAAUGGGUUAUGAGAUUGAAUGCGAGAGCUCGGAGCCCGAAAUUGCCAAGAAUCUGAUUGAGGAGCUGUUAAACAGUCAUGAAAUUCAGUAUUCUUAUUCUGAAGUUUCAAAAUUUGCAAUUUUCCGGUCGGGGAAACUGCCUCAUCAAUAGGCAGCUAGGGCUAACUUUAAGCUUGUAUUUUCUCAUUUAUAAACAAUCAAACCUACAAAAAGGUUAUUCUUGGCUGAUAUUGAAUCUGGAAAUCAUUUUCACCGCUGAAACCCUAUCACCUUUCACCAUUUCUGCAACCUUUAGUUGGAUUAUAAGUGCUUUUCUCCCUUUCACAUUACUUUGUGGAUUGUACAUAUAUGUGUGUGUGUGUAAAUAGCAGGCUUAGAUAUGGAUAGUAAUUGGUAAUUGUUCUGCUGUUUCUGAAGAUGGAUUUGUUGAUUAACUAGUGAAAGAUAGUGACUUUGAAUUCAACAACUUAACCUCUUAGUCAGUAGCUUCAGAUAAGGGAAAUGGGUAUGUGAAACCAGUAACUUUGAAUAAUCUUGAAUUAGACAAUGUCGAUUUUGAUGGUUUGAUCCUUUUUUUUUUUUUUUUGUAAAAAUAUUCUUUCUGGGAUACAUGGGUUGCAUAAAAUCUUAAUUCUCAUUAUGUCUAUUACUGUGGCUGGGUUUAUGGCAUUUCCUUCCACAAUGGAAGUAAUGUGUUUGGUUCUGAUUGUCUUGAUAGGUUUACUGUCAGUAUUGUAGUUCAGUUUAUUCUGUUUAGAACAUCUGGUAUCUUAACUGAUGAGACCUACAUUAUUGUGAACAAUGCUGGAGUUUUGGCUGUAUAUUUGGGUAUAAUGGGGAUGCUAUAUUGGGUUCCAUUCACAAUGUUUACGCUUUGAUCCUAGGUUACGGUGUGUGGGAUCAUGGGAAGUUGGUCGCAUUUCUGAUCAUUCUAGCACAAAAAAUAUUAACUCAUUGAGCUUUACUUCAGCUGCUUCUGUAGCCCUUGCUAGCUCUGGAAUUUGUUUUUUGUUGCCUUUUUUGUAGCAUUUAUCAUGCUUGUCAAAGGGGAAGCUCAAGCUCCAAGCAUGAUCCUGUAUUUUUGGAUCCAAGGACGCAAUCUUGGAUCUGCUCACAGUGAUUCCUAUUAUGUCUAAACUUGUGUUCGCUAUUUUGAUGUUCAGCCUAACUUGAAGGGCACUUGCCUAUGCUGCUUUACUGCAGAGUUGAUCACAAUAAGCGAGCCUAAAUGUGGUUCACCGGUUUAAUAAGAAGUUGUAACCUCAAGAUUCUUUGCGUUAUCAAUGGGAUCUGCUUAGCAGUUAGCAGCUGAAGACUGCAAAAGCUGAAUUGCUGAACCCAUGAUAUCCAUUUUUAAAACAUGUACCAUGACAUACAAAGUUUUCUUGGGGAUGAUUAUGUGCAGAUAUGGGUUGGUCAAAGAAAGUUGUUCUGCCCCCAGGCUAGUAUAGCGGUUGAUCACCUUACCUCAAGUCAUAGUUGGAGGCGGCAGGAUGGGGAUUCGAACCCCACCUCAAACAUCAUUAGAGUUCAGCUCCCCAAGUAGGAGUUGGGUUCCCUAGGUUGGAGGUAGGCUGUGAGUUGGGCUCCUUGUGCACACAGUUAGGCAGGAGACUGACUAAAAGGUUGCUCAUGCGACUCGGGUUUACAUCCUCUAGUGACUUUUGGGGCCGGGAACUAAAGGCUAGGAUUAGUCUGGCGUAAGCUGUGUUACCUAUGUAUUAAAAAAAUUGGGUCUGUUUGAAUGGAUUAGGUUGUUUAAGAAAGUGCAGACUGCAGAGGUUACUCUGUACAAGUCACGGAUCAUCAUCACUAAUGACUUAAAAAUGCAUACUUUGUCCUUGUUGCUUUUUGUGGCUCUGGACUACACAAUAUAAUUAUUUGGACACCUUCA